AAGAAAAACUCUUUUAGUCUUUUUCGCUCCUCGAGAAUUACUCAAUUGCUCAACACAAACAAAAACUCAGAAAGAGUGUAAAGUAAAUAACAGAGAACAGAGAGAGAGAGAGAGAGAGAGAGAAGAAACAGAGAAUGACGGCAUCAGGAGGAGGAGGAGAAUCGACGGCGGCGGGAGCUGGAGCAACGGGGAGGAUGCCGACGUGGAAGGAGAGAGAGAACAACAAGAGGAGAGAGAGAAGAAGAAGAGCCAUAGCAGCUAAGAUAUUCACCGGACUCAGAUCUCAGGGCAAUUACAAACUCCCUAAGCAUUGUGACAACAAUGAAGUACUCAAAGCUCUUUGCCUCGAAGCUGGUUGGAUCGUCCACGAAGACGGCACCACUUACCGAAAGGGUUCCCGACCAACAGAAGCAUCACCACCGCGCGUGAGCGCGUGUUCGUCAAUCCAGCUCAGUCCACAAUCAUCGGCCUUUCAAAGCCCAAUUCCGUCGUACCAAGCGAGCCCAGCUUCGUCGUCUUACCCAAGCCCGACCCGGUUCGACCCGAAUCAAUCCUCUGCUUACCUCAUCCCUUACCUCCAAAACCUCGCUUCCUCGGGAAAUCUCGCUCCUCUCCGAAUUUCCAAUAGUGCCCCUGUCACACCUCCGAUUUCAUCUCCUAGAAGCUCGAAUCCGAGACUCCCGAGAUGGCAGAUCAGUAAUUUUCCGAUCUCUGCUCCUUCAAGCCCAACACGGCGUCUCCAUCGCUACACAUCGAUUCCGGAAUGCGACGAAUCGGAUGUCUCGACGGUUGAUUCGUGUCGAUGGACCAGUUUCCAACCGGUAACCGUUUCUCAGACAUGUUCACCGUCGCCAACGUUUAACCUCGUCAAGAAUAGCGUUUGCGUUAGCGGCCGCCGCGGCGGAGGAGGAGACGUGUCGGUGAAGCCGUGGGAAGGUGAGAAGAUUCACGAUGUUGGUAUCGAUGACUUGGAGCUAACGUUAGGUAACGCUAAAGGACGCGGCUAGGGGUAAUAUCGUAAUUUAACAUAUAUUAGGAUGGGAUCGGUUCGGGUAACGUGUUUCCGGUUUAACCAUAGCUAAUAGAAGGAUGGUCUAGGUCUUCUUCACGUAUUCAUGAAUUAUAACCACUGUACAGUCAUUAUCAAUGCUUCUCAUUUCACAAAUCUAAUUUUCAUUUAUAA